CGCGAGGCCGAGGGGGAAGUUUCAACUGGCGGACCUGCCAUAAUAACCUUACCGUCGCGGGCACGCGCCCACCCAGUAAAUAGUCUCCAAGGCACCAUUCCGAAAAUUAGACUUUACUCUUAUCGUAUUUAAAUCAUGUUUGAAUCCCCUUUAAAAUCAAAUGCACGGAACGCUUGGUCAGAGAGCCAGGAGGAGUUGAGCGAGACGGAACCGGUGUCGCCCGUGAGUAAAGGAAACCGUGGGAAGAAAAAGAAAAACAGAAGGCAACAACCACAACAAAAAAAAAACGAGAAACGCUCGGUCUCAGCUCCCCAGCUUUGCGGGGAGGAGUCGUUUGAUCGGGAAGAUGAACAGUCAGAGAAACGGUACACCGAUUACGACGAACCGAUAGUGAGAGGGAUAUUUCAAAUAGGGAAGAAGAGUCACGACGUCCUUCUGACAUCGAUGAGGGUUACAUGGAGUCCUAUUCAGCCAGAGACCCCUACAGGUCAGUCCGAAACUCUGAGGAGGACAGAGUACGUGGAGCUGAAGGAUGUGUUUGGAGUGAAGGUGAAGAGACGUCGUUCUGCGGGCCAGGAGACAGGGGGCACUCUCCUGGGCAUCACUCUGUUCCAGUGUAAGAAGAAGGGACCCAAGCUGAAGGACCAUGCCAUUCACUUCAACAACAUGAGCGUGGACCACUGUGAGAUCUGGUUCAAAAAACUUAAGGAGAUACUCAGUGGUUUCCAGAACAGGCCCAAGUCCCUGAAGGUGUUUGUGAACCCUGCCAGUCAUAAGAAAGAGGCCUACCAGAUCUACAGAGAUGAUGUGGCACCCCUCUUUCAGCUAGCAGACAUCAAAGCUGAUGUGACCAUCACUGAAAGAAAGGGCCACGCUCUCUCCGUUCUGAAAGAAUCCAACUUGGACGGAUAUGAUGGGGUUGUGGUUGUCGGUGGGGAUGGCUCGGUUCCCAAAGAACCCUUGAAAAACAAUGGGCUUUGCUCUGGGCCCAGAUGGAUGCAGUGCAGGGACACAGACUCCAUGUUCACGCCUGUCUGUGCAACACUUCCUCAGGGAAUACCAGCAGGGUCCACUGACGUGGUGGCCUGUUCUGUCCAUGGCAUACGGCAUCCUGUUACUGCUGCAAUGCACAUCAUCAUGGGACACCAUCAGGAGGUAGAUGUGUGUAGUUUCAGUUGUCUGGGUCGCCUUCUGCGUUUCGGCUUCUCCGCCAUGUUUGGUUUCGGCGGGCGGACGCUGGCCUUGGCAGAGAGGCAUCGCUGGAUGCCACCCGGGCAGAGACGGGAGUUUGCCGUGUUCAAAACGCUGGCAAACCUCAAGCCUGAAGACUGUGAGUUGUCCUAUCUUCCUGUGAAGAAGGUCCAGACUGAAAUGCUGGAUCCAGUAAAAAAUGAGUACUUAAAGGACGACAUGGAAGAGGAAGAGUCGUGGACGACCACCCGGGGUCUGUUCCUCAACGUCAGCAUCAUGGCCAUCCCUUGUCUCUGCUCUAUGGCCCCCAGGGGCCUGGCCCCUAACACCAGACUGAACAAUGGCAGCAUGGCCCUGAUCACAGCAGGAAACACUUCCAGGGCAGAGUUUAUCAAACACCUGAAGAGAUACAACAGUGUAAACAAUCAGUUUAGUUUCUCCUUCGUGGAGACGCAGACAGUGUGGGCUGUGAGGCUCCGCCCCCGCUCUCAGAGCAGCUGGUCUGAUGACAUCGCUGAGGACAAUGGAGAGUAUGACUCUAAGAACGCGCCCAUCAUCUCCUCCGAGGGGGCCUACCCCUGGAACGUAGACGGAGACCUACUGGAGGUGCCCUCAGAGCUGCUCAUCAGGUUACAUCCUCAACUCCUGACCCUGUUUGGAGUGUACAUCGAGGAGGCAGAGGAGGCACACAUCAAGUGCAGCUGCAUUUAACACUGUAUGUAGAGCGGAAUCGAUACCUUUUAAAUCUGUCUAAAGGGUGGAUGAGUCUAUACACAUACCAACCUCCACUGGCAUUGCCACAGAAUGUAACAUACAGUCUUUCCUACUGUGCUUUACAAGAAACUGUCUUCAGUGUAUAGACUGUCUAGUUUAAACUAUCUACAAGAGAGGAGCUUUUACACACAACCUAAAACUAUGUAUGUCGGGGUUGUCGAUACGUUUGCACUAUCACCGAAUGUCACCUACAGGCUUUACUACUGUACAUCUUUGAAUGUUAGAUGUCAAAUAACCAAAUGGAGGACAGACAGGCACAUUAAAUAGAAAAGGUUGAUUUAUAUUAAAGCAAAGACAACAUAAUAAUACAUUCCAGUGCACGAUUACAUCAAUUAUCAGACCAAAGUGAAAUGUGUUGACAAACAAAAUGUUAUCUGUCCAUUUUUACACACCACACACGUAUUUAUUAAAAAUAAAAAAUAAUUUCAAUUUAUAGAAAUGUGGAAUGUGCCCCCUUUAUUUUUGUCAAAACGGACAAGUUGGUCAUGAAAGGUUGACUCCCUGAAAAUUCAAGCAGUAAAAACAUGUUACUCUCCCGCAUGCAGCCUACCAUCUCUCCAAAAGCUGAAUGUUCCAACCCCUUACAGCUACAGUAAAAACAUGUUACUCUCCCGCAUGCAGCCUACCAUCUCUCCAAAAGCUGAAUGUUCCAACCCCUUACAGCUACAGUAA